GGCAUUCUCUCGGGUAGCACCGCCGCGGGUGGUGCCCUCCGCAUCGUUGAUGCGCUUUCCUGGCCCGCUACGGCUGUAUGCGGCCCCGGGGGAAAGCUGAAGGUCGGCCGUGGUUCCGAGAGCUCGAGAUCCCGCGGGAACCGGUAGGAAACCUUAUCGACUGUUUGUCAUUACGGAGAGCCGCAGCCGCAGGGCUCUGUCCUUCUGUGAUUGUACAUGCAAUGCUAUUGAUGAGCCAUAGAGGUGGGCAUCAAGAAAGCAAGAAGAAACUAGAGAUAUCACCAAGUGAGACCAUGAAGGCAGAAGAAGAAAAUUAUAAAGAGGAAGCCAAAGAGCCAAAGAGCGAAGACUGGAGGCCACCAUCAGUCUUUGGCGCUGCAGACUUAAAAAACAGAGCUGUUGGAUUGUACAACAUUGGACAGACCUGCUGUCUGAACUCCCUGCUCCAAGUGUUCCUUAUGAACAUACACUUCACAAAGAUACUGCGAAGGAUCUCAGUGCCAGUGUGUGCUACACAAAAGAAGAAGAAUGUCCCAUACCAAAUGCUUUUGCUGCUGGAGAAGAUGCAGUGUGGAAAGCAGAAAGCAGUUUCUCCCAGAGAGCUUGUUCUCUGUCUUGAAGCACACAGAGUGACAAUGUUUGUACAGUAUGAUGCUGCCCAACUCUUUCUGACUCUUUGGAACUUGUUAAAGAAGCAGAUGAAAAACCCAGAGCUGGUUGAAAAGCUGAGUGAUCUGUACACCAUCAGUGUGCAGGAGCACCUGGCCUGUCAGAUAUGCUCUUCUGAAACAAAGAGGAACAGCAGCAUGUUAAGCCUUCCGGUCCCAUUACUGGAUUCUGACUCUUCCAUGCUGAAGACUCUGGAGAAGUGCCUGCAGUGCUUUUUCCGUCCAGAAGAGUUGACUGGUCACAACAUGUGUUUCUGUGAACACUGUGGAAAGAAAACACCUUUUCAGCAAAGUGUGAAGCUAGUCCACCUGCCACAGACUCUGACCAUACACCUAAAGCGCUUCUGCUUUGGAAGAUCAGCUUACAUCCACAAAAUUAGCAACUGUCUGCCAUUCCCACAAGACCUUGAUUUCAACGCAGUCUUGACAGAACAGCAGUGCCAAGCGUAUGACAAUGAAAAGGCUGCCUGGAGGUAUGAGCUUUUUGCUGUUGUUGCUCAUUCAGGAACAACUAGCUACGGACAUUACUGUGCCUAUAUUCGAAGUCUCACAGAAUGCAAAUGGUAUUGCUUCAACGAUUCUUUUGUUGAGCAGGUGUCGUGGGAUGAUGUUAAAAGUACCUAUGGGCAUUCAGACCUCUACUGGGGACAAACAGCAUAUCUCUUGUUUUACAUGAAAAAACAGCCCCAAUAGCCUUAUCUAGCUGUAUCAGAAUGUUUUCAGAAGCUGUGCCUUGCCCGUGGAGCUCAACAUCUGCAAGCCAGAGUGGAUGUGUGCAAAUGCUCCUCAAGGAAGAACUGUACUCCAUCAACAACCUCUGCAUUCAGUUGUUUUUUUCCCCCACAAGAGAAGUGCAGGACAAACUCAACUGGAGAAAGGACCUUAGAAUUAUUGCAUCUAGAAAUCUUUUCUUUCCUGCCAUGUGAUUAUUUAUUUAUUGUAUCCUUCAUAUUUGUGUGAUUCUAUAUAUUAAUUUUCUCUUAAAAAAUAAUAAAGUUAGUUCUUUUCUCUGCUGACUCACCAUGCUGGUGCCUAGAUGCCAGUACAGAAGAACUUUUUGGUCUGAAAGCCUGCAUGGUGUUCCAAGAAAGCACAUGGUGCAGCUGGAGAGCCAUGGCAGCUAUAAGACCAAAAGAGCUUUUCAGGCCAUGUUUGAUGAUGGCAAGCUGGGCAAGGGACCCUGAAAGUCUUGAGAAACAGCUCUAACAGGGAUCAGGGCCCUUACAACACAUGCAGCAGUGAUCACAGAAUCAUAGAGUGGUUUGGGUUGGAAGGGGCCUUUAAGAUCAUCUAGUUCCAACCUCCUGCUAUAGGCAGGGACACCUCCCUCUGAACCAGGUGGCUCAAAGCCCCAUCCAGCCUGGCCUUGAAUGCUUCCAGGGAGGGGAUGCUUACUCUUAAAAUUCUUCAAGGAAAUGAAUCACCGAGGAAUUGAGAUGUGAUUGGAAGUUGGUGUCAGCAUAAAGAGAUGUUUUUAAAUCAGGAGCUAUUGUAGUAGUUGUGAUGUAGGAGAUGAGUUUGUAUGCGUUCAGAUAGACGAUUAUCGUUUUAUCAUACCUGUCAGGCAUAUAUGUGUAUUUAGUGGAAAUUAUUCACCACAGUAGUCAAAGAUUAUGGUAACACACUCCAUACAAUGUGGGAAGAGGAGAAAAAAAAUGCCCUGAUAUAGUCGAACUUUUAGGAAUUUCCUUUUUUCUUCAAGGGAUUGCCAUCAGGAAUUGUAUUGCUCUCUACUUUCCUUCUCCGCUCAUGAAGUCAAAAAUGUCCCUCAAGCAGUAAACGUUUUGUAUAGUACAAGUUUGUAAAGAAAGUAAGUCAUUUUCAAAUCUCAAUUUUCAAAUCAAUUUCAAGUCCUGCCACGUUGUGCUAUUAGUUCAGCCUAUGUUCCUGUGGUGAGACUACGCAGCUGGAGGGUUCCUAUCUGCUUUUAUCCUUUAUCUGGGAAUUGCUGAGACAUAUAUUAAGAAUAUUUUCAGUCUGUAUGCCAAUAAAAAGAAAUCUCUGUU